AUGCGGAGGGAAAAACUCCGCACGCACAGGAGGCUGGUGAAAGCCUCCGCACGCGGAGGUUCCAGUCUCCGCGUGCGGAGGUUCCAAAAAGAUCCUCACCUAUUUUGUACAUCUAAAUCCAGCAGUUACUACCGUCCCACUUCCAGAACUAGAUUCCUCCACUAUAAAAUCACAACCCGAUUUCAAUGGCUGCAGUCCGAAUCAAUUACCAGUCUUAUCAACGCAUAUUUGAACAUAAUUACUUCAUCUCCAGGGUUAGAAUCGUUGUUUCAUGGAAUCAGGAAAAUUCAAGAAAGGCUCAAGUUUAUAUUUUCUUGGCAGGAGCUGAAGCUUUUGGACAAAUACCAUUAUGCACCAUUUAGGUUAGAAUCGUUGUUUCAUGGAAUCAGGAAAAUUCAAGAAGGAGCCGGUUUGCAAUUCCUGGUUGGAAGAAUUGGACGGUACUUGAAGAAGGGCCGGUAUGCUCAACGGGUCGGUACCGGAGCUCCGGUUUACAUGGCUGCCGUCCUUGAAUACCUCGCAGCUGAGAUUGAAAAAAUUGCUGCUGUGUUUGUUGAACCCAUUCAAGGAGAAGGUGGUAUAUACAGUGCAACAAAGGAGUUCUUACAAUCCCUGCGCACUGCCUGUGAUGAAACACCAGGAAUCAGAAAGAAAAUAGAAGAUUUCAAGUCUCGAAUGAGAUUUUUGAGAUCAAAGAGAAAACCUCAAUUUUCAGAGAGAACUUCUCAAAAGCCAAAUGCUAAUGAACUGAAUGAAGAUCCAGCAGCCAUACGAAAGGAGGAUUUUGCUUUGUCUGUUACUGCUGGGUUCGCGAAGGAGGCUACCUUGUGCUUCCAAGCGGGGAAGUUCGAGGACUGUCUGAAAGUCUUGAACGAGCUCUUGCGAUUAAAAGAGAAUGAUCCAAAGCUGCAUGUUGCUAAAGUCUGGGACGAGGAAGUGUAUAAUAGGACAGAAGAUCUUCAGGAUAGGCACCAUGCAUUCCUUUGUCCUGUGACAGUUCCAGGAGGAAGGAAUAGGGAUAGGAAGAACGAUUUGCUGGUCAUUCGAGAUAAUGGAAACUCCUUCGAGAUAAUUCACUCGGGUGAAAGAGACUACCCGACCACUGUGAUAGAGGAGUAG